CAAACGUUCUUUGAUCGUGAUAUUGUCGGCUCUGAGAUCAUUGCCACCGUGUGUCUGUCGCAAAUUCAGAACCAGUGCCGACCUGCCAAGUUCAUGCCAUCAACAUAAUCAUAGGGGGCCGGAACCCACUUUCAAAAUUUACAGAUACUGUAAGAUAGACUCUCUUUCUUCUUCCCCUUUUCUCCCUUCUUUCCUAUUCUUCACUCUCCCCAUCAUACCCUCUCACCAUUCAUCCCUCACCACCGAAAUAUAAAAUGCUGCCGCUCAAGAUAACCCCCGCCGACACCUCGUCCCUCUCCCAGGUUCUCGCGCACGACCAUCAUGACCUGCGUCGUCGCAUGCAAGACUUUGCCGCCCGGGACCCGAUCUACAUCCCUCGAUACGACAUCUCCCUCGCAGCCACGCGCGAGCUAGCCUUCCAGCGACUCGACCGUCUCGCCCAACAGGGUUUCAUCUCUGUGUUUGAUUUCGAAAAGGACCCCCUACGCAUCUUUGCCGCCCAUGAAAUGGCCGGCAUCAUCGACCAGUCCAUGGCCACCAAGAUGACCGUCCAAUGGAACUUAUUCGGAGGCACGGUCAUCAAGCUGGGCACGGAGCGGCAUCGUGAGCUGCUGAAGGAGGUCGAUGAUUUGAGAUCUGUAGGGUGCUUUGCUCUGACGGAGCUAGGCUUCGGAAAUAAUGCGAUCGAAAUGGAAACCACGGCGCACUAUAUUCCAGAGACGCAUGAAUGGGAUGUGCAUACGCCUACCAUCAACGGCCAAAAGUACUGGAUCAGCAAUGCAGCCGUCGAUGCGAAAUGGGCCGUUGUCUUUGCACAGACCUUUGUUCAGGACAAGAACGAGGGCGUGCAUGCAAUUCUGGUCCAGAUUCGCGACAACAACAUGUGUCCGACCAAGGGUGUGGUCAUCCAGGAUAUGGGUGUGAAGAUUGGAUGCCAGGGCGUUGAUAACGGCAAACUGUUCUUUGACCACGUCCGAGUCCCCGUCGAGAAUCUCUUGAACCGGUACUCGGACGUCUCGCGCCAGACCGGCAAGUUCACCUCGUCCAUUGCGAGCCGUCGUGGCCGGUUUCUCAAGGUUGCCGACCAGCUUCUGUCUGGCCGCCUCGCCAUCUCGUCGCUCUGUCUGGGCGGUACAAAAGUCUGCCUCACCAUCGCGUUCCGGUACGCGCACAGUCGUCUCUGUGUGGGCCCGAACGGCAAGAGCGACACGCCCAUCAUGGCCUACCAGCUCCAGCAGCGCGCGCUCCUGCCACUCUUUGCCCAGACCGUCUGCCUGAACAUCGGCCUCAAUUACUGCAAGGAGCGCUGGUCCGCAUCUUCGCUGCAGGCCUUCCGACAGCAGCGAGCUGCUGAUGAUGCUGAGGAAGUCAUUCGACUCUGCUGUGUGAUCAAGCCCCUCAUCACCUGGAACGCCGAGCGUGUCGCAACCACCUGUCGUGAGCGCUCUGGUGGCCAGGGAUACCUCUCUGUGAACAGGUUCGGGGAGGCGAUUGGGUAUGCGCAUGCAGGUAUGACGGCUGAAGGUGAUAACAGCGUACUGAUGCAGAAGGUUGCAAAGGAGCGAUUGGCGCUGUUGCAGCAGGCACUAAAAAACGGAGGCACUGGAGUGGAUAUCGACUUGAAGGGAUUGGAGCAGAAGAGAAAGAGUGCACAGGCGCUGGACGUGUUGUCCUUGGAGGGACUCUUGACGCUGUUCCAGUUGCGCGAGGCAGGACUUUUCCAGGAGCUCGGUGCUUCGAUGCAAUCUAAGAUGAGCAAAGGUAAAGCCCUCUUCGAGGUGUGGAUGGGCGAGGAGUCCGACACAAUCCAAGCGGCCGCAAAGUCCUUUGGCGAGCGUAUGUCCUUUGAGCAGGUAUUCAAGUUGGUCAGCACACUGUCCGGAGGACCUAAGACGAUCCUGGAGACCCUGCUCCGACUCUGGGGACUGACCCUGGUCGAAUCUUACUCGACUUGGUAUCUGACGCGAGGGCUCAUUUCGAUUCAGACGGCCCUGCAUGUCCCACAACAUGUCCGCGAUGUGGUUGAGUCCAUUGGUAUGAACAGUCUCGCACUGUGCGAUAUUCUCGGUGUCGACGAGCGCCUGCUGUUUGCACCUAUUGCAGGAAAUGUAGGCGGCUGGGAGAUAUACAACAAGGACGAUAACCACGGCGAGCUGAUGGAUAUGCAGGACCUUGAGACCAAAGGCUUCAAGCCUAAUCGUGGUUUCGGAGUAUCCAAGCUAUAAGCUGUCAAAACAUGGAUUGGCUUCAUUGCGUCAAAAGAGUAAAAAGGCAGGGUAUAUUAUGAAGAUGG